CAGUAAUAAGUUACCAUAUUUUUCGCAUAUAAAUCAACCCUUACAACGACCUAAGUAAUGCUUUCAUAUAGGCACCUAUAUUAACAAUAGAAACGGAAUGAAAAUUUAAGGAGUCGAGAGAAAACGUUUUCAUGUAGAGGGUGGGAGAGGAAAAUCAAUAAAGGCAAGCCAUGAAUGAACAGUUCCAAGAUGGUUGACAUUUGACAGGGUUUUCAAAAUAGCACUAAAAUUCAACGUAAGUAGCAAGCAAGCAACGUCUAGCAUUUAAAAAAAUGACGCUCCAAACAUAAUGGCAACUUUCAAUCGCUCGCCAAACGACAUACCUAAGUGGAAACUGGCAAGGGAAGGUAUACAACUGCUAAUAAACAACAAGGCAAGCGAUGCGGAAGCUUUAUUUAAAGAAUACCCCGAUUCCAUUCACCUUUACGCUGGUUACUCGUUCGCAAUUUUUAUGGAUGCGAUUACGACACUGGAAGAUGACAAAUUGACGACGGCUUUAAGUGCGUUAAAAGAAACUGAACGUCGGUGUUACUCGGAUAAUGGCUGGAUGAAGGUGAUGAAAUCGAAAGUAUUUGGGGCCGAAACCUCGUUAUCUGAUACCGAAUACCUCGAACAUCAAAUCAUACUGGCGGAUGCUCAAGUAUGCAUGGCAAUUUUGAUAUUUCUACAGCAGGACGUGUCGGGAAUGUUUAAGGGGGGUUGGAUUUUGAGGAAAUCUUGGAAGAUAUACCAACAUACGUAUAACACCAUUCGAUCUUUGUACAAGGAGAUCGUUGGCGAGCUUCCAGAUGCGGCAACACAAAAUAUAGCCCCCUUAAAUGAACGUGAUGAAGAGGAAGAUGUAGAAAAUGUAGAGAAGCAGUGGGAAUAUCUAUACCAGGGAGCCCCUCCUCAAUCACCACCGUCCAAUGGGUAUUUACCAUCCCGUCCUUUUUCUUUACAAAAAAUGUCACGCUCUUACACGACCGAUAAUAGUUUGUCUAGUUACGCCACUAAUGUUAACAAUAACAGCAAAAGCUCAAGUAGGUGUAACUCCAGUGAUUGUUUAAAAAAUAAUUGUUACGAUAUUAGUAGUAAAGUUCAUUUAAGUAACGGGUACCAUGCCAAAGGUUCGCUUAAAAAGUCAUUUACUGUCGGUCUCGGCGACACCCUUUCCAAACCACUCUCCUUCAACGGCCUUUCGUAUUUCACUUCACUCAACUUCUUCUCCUCAGAAAAACAGAAACCGUGCGACAUUGACAAGGAAACGAUAACGCGACUUAUGGGAGCGAUAUCGUUCGGAUACGGACUUUUUCACUUGGGAGUAUCUCUGCUUCCACCUUCGCUGCUGAGAGUGACCAGUUUCUUGGGAUUUGGCGGCAAUCGCAAUUUGGGCAUCAGUAAUUUAAUGUACUCGAGGGAAGGUUCGGAUAUGCACGCGCCACUAGCGACAUUGGCGCUUUUGUGGUAUCAUACCAUCGUAAGGCCGUUUUACGCGUUGGAUGGUAGUAAUGUGAGAGCCGGGGUUGAAGCAGCCAUGCAGCUUUUGGACGAAUCGCAAAAGGAAUACAGAGACUCAGCUCUAUUUCUUUUUUUUCUAGGAAGAAUCCAUAGACUAAACUCUAACAUUCCCGAAGCGUUAAAUGCGUUUCAAGCGUCAGUCGAGAAUUCCAUCCAAAGGGAGAUAAAAAUGCUCUCGCUGCACGAGGUUGGUUGGUGCUACUUGAUACAGCUCGAUUACCGGUCGGCCGAACUCACGUUUGAAAAACUGAGAGUUGCAAGUAGAUGGUCACGUGAAUUUUACACUUACCUUUCUAUUAUCUGCGCGGGUGCGUGUAAUAGUAUCAAAAAUGUAAAUACACUAAGUCAAAUGAAAACUGUAUACGAAAACUCUCCAAAACUCAACCAGCUAGGGAUGUUUCUUUCGAAAAGGUUCGCCUUGUGCCCCACUGCUGACAAAACGAAACUUAACGAUAGAACGUUUUGGAUAUUCCUCAUCUAUGACAUACUGUACUUGUGGAAUGCAUUGCCCAGUUGCACCUUUGACAAUAUUCGCCGAAUAAUCUCAGAUUGUGAAAAUGUCACCGUCGAACCCAUGCUGGGCCUUGCGCUGCUCAUUCGAGGCACCUGUCACUGCAUCCUGAAAGAGUACGAGGUUGGGAUCGAGUGUCUACGGCAGUGUUUGGAAAUUCGAAAGGAGCUACCCCACAACGCCGAUGACGCUCACGUCUCGGCCUUCGCGCAGUACGAGCUGGGGCACAUUUUAAUGAAGAAGCUGGGGAAAAAGAAAGAAGGAAAGGCGAUGCUAGCUGACGUCGAGCGUUACAAGGAUUACGAUUUCGAGCAAAGGCUGAAUGUACGUGUCCAUUCGCUGAUUAAACUCAGUUAGGAUCGUAAUUCGUCGAUAAAUUUGAAUAUUUUUGCACAAAAUUUACUAGAAACAAAUUAUUCCCUAGAACCACAAUAAUUGUAAUGUUACUUAUAGUGCAGAUGAGAUGGGAAAGACGAAUAGGUUGUCGUCAUUGUUGCUUUUUCAUAUUUUAAGAAAGUUGCGUCCAAUAAAAAUAGAAAUAAACGAAAA